UAGGACACUAGGACAUAUGAUUAUAGGAUUAAUUUUAAUUUUCAUCAAUUUUGAGUUAGAAAAUUUGUUGCACAAUUUCUAUACUUGUUCCACGAGUUAUAGUCUAAUAGAAUUAAAAAUGUUGUCAUUUAAUUUAUUACAAAAAUUCAAUGUCGCUGGAUCUGCCAGAUUCGUUCGUCGUAAUAUAUCRGCUACAUCGGUAUUGAUGAAUGAAAAAGUUUCAGAUCCAAUCCAAAAAUUAUUCUUGGAUAAAAUCCGCGAGUACAAAGGAAAGUUUGAUACCAAGACAUUUGACCCUUCAAUUGAUAAAGGUUACAAGAAUGAUUUGGAAAAGAUCGGCCGSCAAUACAACAUUGCUCCAAAUGAAGAUCCAACCAAAUUCCCAACAAUUAAAUUUGAUGAACCUAAAGUCGAUCCACAAGUUUAAAGAUAACAUAUUUUGUGUUUUUAUAUUAAUUAUAUAAGUAGUGAUGUAAUUAUGCAAGAAUAGGAUUAAGAGAUGAUAAAGUCAUUAAUAAACAUUGAUUUAUAAAGUUCA